GACUCGCUACAUUCUACCAUGUCGGAAGAGAAGGAACUCUGCAGCGCCGCCUGGUUUCAAGCAGGGAUUCCCAGAGAAAUAGUUUUGGAAGUUUUAACUAACGAGCCAGUUGGAUCGUUUAUGGUACGGAAAAGUGCAAGCAAACCUGAUUGCUACGCCCUCUCUCUGCGCGUUCCACGGACUUUCCAGCCCUCUGGGAUCGCCCAUUAUCUCAUCCUGAAAACUAUUCGUGGCUAUAAAAUAAAAGGUUUUACAAAGGAGUUUGCUACACUUUCGGCCUUAAUCACUCAUCAUUCGGUUAUGCCUGAGAUUCUACCAUGCCCACUUUUGUUGUCAAGGUACAACAAUAUCUGGCAACGGCUCAACUGCCCUGAAGACCUUGUGGACAUUAACCAAGAUCCAUCUUGUAAUCUUUUAGAGUUUCGAAAGGCACUGGCUGAUUUAAAUUUUUAAAUAUAUGUACAUGUUUUCAAAAGGAGAUAUCAAAACUUGCGUCAUCACUUCAUAUCAUUACAAACUUGCGCGUAUUUUUAUUUAUUCUUGGUCAUUACUAAAAGUUCACUGUAUCCAUGUCAUGAUAAUAUAUUUUGUGAGAUAAUUGUAUAAACUUGUUGCAUAUCCAUCAUGGAACCUGUCACAGUGUGAGCUUGAACACUAUUAAACAAAUGUUUAGUUUACCCUAAUUAGUGAAAUUGGAAGCUGUCACAGUGUGAACUUGAACACUAUUAAACAAAUGUUUAGUUUACCCUAAUUAGUGAAAUUGGAAGCUGUCACAGUGUGAGCUUGAACACUAUUAAACAAAUGUUUAGUUUACCCUAAUUAGUGAAAUUGGAAGCUGUCACAGGGUGAACUUGAACACUAUUAAACAAAUGUUUACUUUACCCUAAUUAGUGAAAUUGGAAGCUGUCACAGUGUGAGCUUGAACACUAUUAAACAAAUGGUUAGUUUACCCUAAUUAGUGAAAUUGGAAGCUGUCACAGUGUGAACUUGAACACUAUUAAACAAAUGUUUAAUUUACCCUAAUUAGUGAAAUUGGAAGCUGUCACAGUGUGAACUUGAAUACUAUUAAACAAAUGGUUAGUUUACCCUAAUUAGUGAAAUUGGAAGCUGUCACAGUGUGAGCUUGAAUACUAUUAAACAAAUGUUUACUUUACUCUAAUUAGUGAAAUUGGAAGCUGUCACAGUGUGAGCUUGAAUACUAUUAAACGAAUGGUUAGUUUACCCUAAUUAGUGAAAUUGGAAGCUGUCACAGUGUGAGCUUGAAUACUAUUAAACAAAUGGUUAGUUUACCCUAAUUAGUGAAAUUGGAAGCUGUCACAGUGUGAACUUGAACACUAUUAAACAAAUGUUUAGUUUACCCUAAUUAGUGAAAUUGG